GAUCUAUACAGGAAUCAAAUAGCUAAUUUUCAGGAUCUGAGGGAAGAAGUUCAUGCAGUAAAGGAGUUGGUGGAGGACAAUUUUGAAAAAAAAAAUGCAUCAAGACAACAGCCCAAGAGUCAAAAGAACACCUUAGCGGGAAAUCGGAGGGAAGACAGUCUACCGGAAUUAAAUUUGUUCCAUAGAAAUGUGUAUGCCAACAUUAUCCCGCAAGAUGAUAUCAACUUGGAGGCCAUGAUUGAGCGAUUAGAGGAAAUAGAGAAAUACCAGGAAUCAGUUCGUCAGAGGUAUACCAAGAUAGUCUAUUCAGACCAAGAUUUUUGGGCACAAGAAGAAAAGGAUCGACUGCAUGCAAACAUGGACAAGAAUCCCAGCUCUCCCCAUCCCAUUAUAAUCACAAAGUCUACAGAGAAACAGAAACCUCUAGUGGAAAUUUUGUUGGAGGAACCUGUAGAAGGAGAUUCACUGCAAAUAAACAGAGAAGAGUUGUCUCGAUCCCCUCCGCACCAUUUUAUUCGGCAUCCACCAUCACAAGAUAAAGGACUUAGGAUCUCUGUUCCUCAUCAGAUGCUACAAAGUAUUCAAAAUUAUGGAGAGAAAUUUGACAGACACCUUCGGCUGACAUCUCAUGAGGAAGUGGGUGCUUUCAACCCAUGGCACAUUGCUGAGAGCUUGGCAGAAGAUCUCAUGAAUGACGCUUUAGGUGAGGUAGCAGCAGAGCUACAUGACCUUUGUGAUGAGUACGCUGAAGCUGUCUUCACUUCAGAGUUUAUGGAACCUGCAGAAAACAACCAUUAA